AACUUUUUAUAAUCAGACAUGUCUCCUGACAUAUUCUACAUCGAACUGAGUUUGUGGGAAUUUCCGUUAAUAUCUAAACAAAACAAAACACAGCUCCUGCAUGAAAUCCUGAUUCUCCAACAUAGGUUUAUAAUCUUUAUUUUAUACAGUCAAAUGUGCUGAGGAAACAAAGCUCAGAAUGUCGUAAACGCAGCAGUGCUGACCAGCUCUCUCAUUACCACGCUAACUGCAACACGCCUUUCUGAUAACAAUGGCAAAGACUGAGAUUGAUGAGAAUGAUGAUGAAAGCUCCGAAGAUGUUUUUCUGGCUGUUGGAAACUUUGUCAGUGUUCUACAAUCAGAUACAAAACAAUUUGUCAAUUUUAAGGACUUGAAUAUCAAGUUGCGCCACGCACAUCAAGAUGCUGUCAAAUUUGUAGAAUGUUUGGCACCAUUAACCCUUUCUGUCUUCAUAUAUCAAGACGAGUCUUCAGCUGGAGCUUCUACAUCUACACAGUCACAGACGACGGGAUUUAUUAAAGGUGUCAAAGAGUUAACCUCAUGCCUCUGUGGCCGCGGAGAAAAACAUGCUGGUGGGGAAGUUGAAAUAUCUCUUGCCAACUCUUUCAUUUGUCAGAACUUGAAAUCCAUAGACUCUACAUCUUGUAAUAUUCAGUGCAAGCUUCAAGGAAAACUUUUCAAAGUUGAACGAAGUAUAAACGAGAAUAAAAAAUCCAAGUUCAAUGUGUAUUCUUGUGAUGCCAACUUCUUGCAGACGAUAUCAAACUUCAGGCAAUCUUUUGAAUCCUCUUUGAAAUACAUGGAAGACAAACAUAACGGGGACAGCACUGCCCAGAGAGUGGCUAUCACUGUGUUUAAAGACAUCGACGAUGAAACGCACGUGUUUGUUAGGACUGGUCAAGAGGUCACUAGGGUUCACAACACCAGUGCAGGACACAGCAGUGACUGGGAAGAUGAAGUGCCAGCAUUAGAGUAUGUGUUUGGAUCCGCCGCUGAGCCAGAACCCCAAAAGAUUAUAUACAAAAUAAAAGAUAAGAAAACAAGACUCAAUUCUGAUCUAAGUACAUGUGACGUCGACACUGAGUCUUACUUAACACAAGACGUUCUACACGAGGCUGAGACUUUAAACAUACCAAGACUCUUGCCUGAAGAUGACUUAGAACGUAGUGGAAAUAACCAAGUAACUCGUAAGGUGAGAGUUUCUAUCGAUGACGACAGGAUACAAGAACAGAGACCAAAUGUCAAAGUUCAUUAUGAAAGAAAUGCCCAACAUUCAGCAGAAGAAGAAGAUAUUGUUGUAAUACCGCUAUUGGACCAAAUUAGAAAAGAUGUGAAGGCUACGAAACUGACAGACAAUUCUUACUGCUGUAACAAUUUAACUAAUAAAAGGAUCUCUUUUGGAAUUACAGCCUGUGCUGUUCUAACAAGUCUUCUGGCCUUCGGCAUUAAUGUGGGUUUGUGGACGCACAAUAAAGAAUUCAAAAGGUCAGAGACAGAGGGGGUCCUAGUAAUCAAUGAGUCUCUAAUUUCUCUGUUAAUUUAUCAGAAAAAACUAAUGCAGCUAGCAAGAUUAGAAAGACCUAAAAGGAUGAAACACACUUCGAUCAGUGCUCACAAAUCUUUGUCUCUACCUCCAAGAAUUCCUGGUUCUGAAGAUAAAAAAGACCCGUACUUUAAAAAAGAUUACAAUGUGUGUGUUAGAAUUAAUAUGAGCCAUAAUCCCACUGACCAUGCUAGAGGUGUUACACUGGACAUUGACGGACUGAUCAUCCAAUAUUCAGGUCUGUACUUUCUCUACAGCAGUGUAACCUUUAAACCAAACUCUACCGACUUUUCAGCGUCAUUCGCAUAUCAGACCUGGUUCCAGUACAUCUAUAAGAUGCGGCCCAACAGCCCAGCUCAUAGUACAGUACUGACUCGAGUUGUCCACACUUGCUGUCUGAAUUGUACCAACAGCCAGAACACGGCUUACUCAGGCGGUGCUUUUUACCUGGAGGCUGGAGACAUGUUACAGGUGUGUCUAACUGGACAAGGUCUUAUUACGUUUGAUUCUAGCACAACGUAUCUGGGACUGUUUAUGCUGACCAGUGGUUCAAAGCCGUAGACAUAUUUGUUGGAGUUAAAGCAUUUAAUGGAUUAAACAACAACAAAAAAAAAAGGAUUCGUGUCUUUGAUCUGUCGUCGCUCCUCCGUAAAACGUCAGGACGUUUUUGAAACAUUCGUCUUGUGCUGCACCGUUUAACCCUUAAAACGCGUGUGGUAGACAAGCCUCUAAACAUCAGAAUUGUAAUUCCAUUUUGUAGGCACUCAUUGUAAAAAAACAGUUCAGCACUUUAACUGACGAUACCGUCGUCGAUUCCACCAGAAUUUGGUAAAUAAUUACGGAGAGAAAGAGUUAAAGGAUGCAACUCUGAAACUAGAGCAAAAAAAGUUCUACCAAAAUGUCGAACAAAAAGUCGACACGUCUCCUUUUUUUGUGGACAGGUCCUCUGCUAUUUAGGCCAUCGCCUAAAUUGUGAAUUUGUUUUGUUUUUUUUAAAUUCUGUUACUAAUUAUUCAGUGCUCUUAUUGCUAUCGUCUGAGCUUCAACACACCAACUCACUCAUAUAAAGACGAAAAAUAAUGCUAACUACCAGUCACGUGGCGUGAUGAUACCCUACCUUGGGGAACUUCUUUCCACCCGACGCAUAAAGGGAUCGGUUCCACUUUUUUACGGUCCGAGAGAGAUGUGACGGAAAUUUCUGUGUCACGAGACCUAAAAUAAUUAGGCAUUACUGACUAAGCAAUGAACGGUCGCUCGGUGACUGUGUGUGGGGCUCGUAAAAACUUCUCCAAAAUCCGAUCAUCUUGUAAUUAACUUAAUAAAAGAAAUUAUAAAACCAAGCUUGCAUUACAUCAAAUCACUUUUAAAAAUUAGAAGAAAAAAAAUAGAACUUUUUAAUUUGAAUCCAUUCCAUAGGAUAGAAAAGUAUUUUUACAAUCUCUAAAAAAAGUAAGUUAAAUGAAUGGGAAAAGAUUUUUUUUUGUUACAUUUAAUAUAAUACUUUCUUAACAUUUAUUCUUUAACAAUUAUUUUAACUUUCAAUAUUCCUUUUAACAUUGUUAAUGUUUAAAGAGAAGUAUGACAUGUUUAUUUUUCUGUUCAAUCUUAUUUAUCCAAGGAAUCUUUUCCGAAUGUAAGACUCAAUUUUACUCAGCUUCAAUAGAAGGCUUCAAGAUAAGAAGGAUUUUGUUAAGACAAUGAUAGGACUGCUUAUCACAACGGUCCAUUAUAGCAAAAACAAUAAUAGUAGCCAGAUGCUUUUGGUCGUCUGAAACUGAGAGUAUGACAGAAUAGGUCUCUUCAGCUAGCAACAAAAAAUCAAUGUUUAUAAAGCAGUGGUUCUCACUACACUUUUGUAUGGCUCAGAGACCAUGUUUCCGUAUCGAAAGCAUUUAAGGCUCCUCCGCUUCCAUCAAAGAUGCUUUGGCACAAUAAUGGGCAUACGCUGGCAAGACUACAUUGCUAAUAACUAUGUUCUGCUGGAGUCCGGUGUGGUCAAUACAGAAGCACUAAUUACCAUUCGACAGCUACGUUGGGUCAGACAUUUUUCCCGCACGGGAGACGACCGCAUGCCAAAUGGCGAACUUAAAAGGAGGAUGGCGUAACAGAGGUGACCCCCCCCCAGUUAGCACUGCAAAGAUCAACUCAGGCGCCAUCAUGUCACCCUCACUGGCAAAGAGGAAAGUAGCUGGAAGCAGCCUCUGAAAUAGUUGGAGAAAUCUUACCAAGGCUGCGGGAAGCACAUUUGAGACCCAAAGGUAAGCCCUUAUUGAAGAAAGGUGCUGAAGACGAUAAGAUCAUUGAAAUAGGCUGCCUGGUCGUGCGGUUUGCACGCUGGACUGUCGUUCAGAUUCAUCGAUGGUCCCGGGUUCAAACCCUGCCCGCUCCCAUCCCCCGUCGUCCUGCGGGAGGUUUGGACUAGGAAGUGAAUUAUCUUCAACUCUGAAGGAACAUCCGAAACAUAUAAAACAUUUUUACAAUAGACCGGCGGUGGACAACAGCUUUGUCUACGCGAGAUGCGGAAAAAUAUGUAAGUCGCAACUAGGUUUGCAUCGGUGUCUUUUAUUUUCUUUAUGACAGUAAAAUGUUAACAUCGUUUUACUUUUUAGACUUUGUUUUUCUCAAAUAGGUGUUUUACAUUGGUUACGGGUAAGGGUAUAUUUACUAUAUUGUGUCAUAUAGAAUAAUGUAAAUAGUAAUAUGUCAUUGUCAAACGUGUGUAUAAUUCAUGCUUGCUUGACGGUACCAGUAGUAGGUGAAUUGUCCGUGUUAUUAGGUCACAUGGCGUGUGUGUGAUCCUACUAGAUAAGCUAGAUGUGAAUACACUGUGUUGACAUUGUGUUUAUGUUUAUGUGUCUGUUAUUAUAAGUACGUGGAAUUAUUCCCAAUGGUAAGAAAGCUCAUAUUAUAUUGUGUUGUGAGUGACUUGUGUGUAAUCAAAGUAAUGUAGGAGUGUGUUAGCAGAGUCUUAUGUACCCAGCGACUAGUGUCGAGACGCUUAUUUACUUCUGUGUUCUAUCUAUCGUGUAUUAUUGCUCUUUCAGAUGUAUUAUUUAAGCUAAGAAGAUGUAGGGUUAACUUGGAAUUUUAGGAAGCUUGUAGAGUUUACAAUCUGUGUCAUGAAGCAUCCAGACGAAGCUUUGUACGGUACUAUUUAGGGAAUGUAAAGAUAACAAGAGGAACGUUAGUAUUUAGUGAGCUUACUUAUUGUUUGAUUAUUGUUGAUCACCUGUAUUUUCACAGUUUAUUAUUUCAUGUAUGGGGGGGGGGGGGGGAAUUUUGAAUUUCGGAAUUUUUACGCUGGUUCCGUGACACCCCACUCGUUAACCGUUGGCAUGGUCUGUAAGAACAACUCUACUUUACUAUUACUUCAUAUAUAUUAUUUCAUAUUGUGAAUUACUGAUUUUAAAAGCAUCAAACCCAAGAAAAAAAUAUUUUUAUCAUUAUUUUUUUAAUUAUAAUAAUUAUUACUUUUAGUAUUAUUUUUCUGAUAAUUAUUAUUAUUGUUAUUAUUAUUAUGUUAGAAAAGAACAAGUAUUCAUUCAGCCUCUAUAAAAGUAUAUAAUUUCUAAGAUGCCUCUGACUUGCUUUUUGGUUGUGGGCACUUUAAUGUCCAUGGAGGAUAGGUUUGAUGGUAUUGUCUUGAGGCUGUGUUUCAAUUAGUCAUGUCUGACUGUAUCUUAAGAAUUUAACUUCUGCCAUGGCUGAAUCUACUUUACUGGGUUUGAAUGUAAAGCAAAGUUCCUUGAGUGGUGAUAUGAUACACAAAACCUAUCUUAUCUUAUAAAAUACAGACGGUACUUCAAAAAAAAAAAGAAGCCUGUUAUCUCAUAAAAUACAUCACGAAAUUCGUCAAGCAGAGGAUGUGUGUAACUCUCCAUUUUGUUUGUAUGGAAAUUAUCUACAUGAACACAUGAACACAUGAACAAUUUUUUUAACAUUACUUCUGGCCUGCUGCCUCUUUCUCUCCAAUAGUCGUAUGAUAUGUUAUGAUGCAAACUAAUCUCGGCUAAUGAAUCAUAAUAGUUUGUUAUCAAGCCAUAGUGUUACAAAGGUAAUGUUAAUUAGAAAGGAACCGAAAAACAAAACGUU